UGAAGAAAGAAAUUCAGAAAAAUUCCACCAUUUGCAGUCUGAUUUUGGAUUCAUGUCUCCCCCAAUUACCCUCCGAUUAUGUUGAAGGAGCUAUUAUAUUCAAUCCACCAGUUUCUCCUUUCAAUCCUUCCGCAAUGUAACUGUUUUGAAGUUCAAUAAUCAAUCGUAUCUCCAGGAAAUAUCUAACCGUCUAUAAAGAGAUGAAAGCCAAGUCAUCAGGUCUGAUCGUUGGGAUCUCAAUAGGAGUGGUGAUUGGAGCACUUUUGGCCAUAGUUGGACUACUUUGUUUUAGGUUUCACCGGAAACGAUCUCAGAUAGGUAAUAGCAGUUCCAGGAGAGCAGCAACAGUCCCCAUUCGUGCAAAUGGUGCCGAUUCUUGUACGAUCUUAUCAGAUUCAUCAAUGGGUACAGAGUCAUCAAAAACAUCAAUACAGAAUGGCAAGUCAUUCUGGUUUGGUGGACCGAGGAAGUCUCAUGUGGUUGCAGCUUCUGGAAUUCUCGAGUAUUCUUACAAAGAUCUACAGAAAGCAACGCAUAAUUUUACCUCCACAAUAGGCCAAGGGGCAUUUGGUCCUGUUUAUAAAGCUCAGAUGACCACUGGUGAGACUGUUGCUGUUAAAGUUCUUGCAACUGAUUCGAAACAAGGCGAGAAAGAAUUUCAUACAGAGGUUAUGUUAUUGGGAAGGUUACAUCACAGGAACCUUGUGAAUUUGGUGGGAUAUUGUGCAGAGAAGGGACAACACAUGCUCAUAUAUGUCUACAUGAGCAAAGGCAGUCUUUCUUCUCAUUUGUACAAUUCAGGCGAAAAUAGUGAAGUGUUAAGCUGGAAUUUGAGGGUUCAAAUAGCUUUGGAUGUGGCAAGGGGACUAGAAUAUCUCCAUGAUGGAGCAGUUCCUCCGGUCAUACACCGAGACAUUAAAUCUUCCAACAUUCUGUUGGAUGAGUCCAUGGGAGCAAGAGUAGCUGAUUUUGGGCUUUCAAGGGAGGAUAUGAUCAAUAGACAUGCCUCUAAUAUACAAGGAACUUUCGGAUAUCUUGAUCCUGAAUAUAUAUCGACAAGAGCCUUCACCAAGAAAAGCGAUGUUUACAGCUUUGGAGUAUUCCUAUUUGAGCUUAUUGCUGCAAGAAAUCCUCAACAAGGUCUCUUAGAGUAUGUUGAACUUGCAGCAUUGAAUACAGAAGGGGAAGUUGGAUGGGAAGAAAUAGCCGAUUCACGUCUCGAUGGGAAUUUCGACGAACGAGAACUAAACGACAUGGCAGCACUCGCGUACAAAUGCGUAAAUCGUGCACCGAGAAAACGACCAUCAAUGAGGGACAUUGUGCAAGUAUUGUCUCAUAUUCUAAAGACAAGGCACAACAAAAGGCAUCACAAACGUUCGCCAUCCGAGGUUGCUAUCAGUAUCAAUAUCAGUAUCAGCCAAUCAGAUCGACAAAAUUCAAUGAAUAGCGAACACUGUCGGGUGGAUUCUAUGGAUAGCGCACCCGACUCCAUUGACCUUUAAAUGACCUUUUGGAAUUUGUUCAACUUGUCCUCUUUCUUUGAUUCGUUUGUUCUGUAAUAUAUUCGACCAUUUUACCAGAUACCGAGUAACCCGAGGUUUCAGUGUGGUCCUGAUUGAGGAAAUUAGGGUUCAAAAUUAAGUCCCCUUUCCCUUCAAAUGUAACAUAUCUCACCUUCUUUAAUUUGGUUGUGGAUAUAAUCCCAAUUUUGUGUAUUAACAAGAAA